GCUUCAACAUGGAGCUGGAAUGCGAUCUGAGCGCAAUCCAAAAUGAGGACUUGCUGCGGCGCAUGUGGCAGCAAACACCGGACAUCGAUCAGAAGAAGGAAAUCCGUUCUCACUUAUAUAAAUUGCGUGAAUCGCGUUUACGUGACUUAUAUCAAGGCGAAAUUAUGGCUGGCAACUACGCUAAAGAUCCGUUGAACUCGUCGCACGGCGAUUCUUUGGUGGGUCAAAAUUUUCAAAGUUUGAAAUCAAAAGAAGUACGAGAUUCAGUGAGUCCCAUACAUGAUUUGAAGUUCCACUCCAUGACCCUGAAUCAUCCCAAUACCACUGGUUGGGACGUGCAAACUUCGUCCGAGGUGAGUCCAGAUGGACGCGCAUAUCGUACCGAAACCUUGGCUACCACAGAUGGCGUUGAAAAGAUUAAUGGAGGCACCGCUGAAUUCCGCGGUCGAAACGAGCAACGCGCAAGUGCUUCCCAUCAAGGGGACGAUAAGAACUUCGUUAAGAAGGCAUCGGAAAGCUCCAAUACUCACUUGCAAGAGCGUGUAGUGGUUGGCGAUGAGAAUUCCGGUCGCACUGAAAUGAAAACUAGCUCGACCACAACGUCUUCCUCAUCGCAGGUGACAUCCUCGUCAUCUACUAUCGAAUAUGGUGGUGCCGAUCCAAAUGAUGGUCGAUAUCUUAUGGAUAAUACUCAGCGACAACAUCAAGAUCAUCAACGUCUCACGCAAGAUCAAUAUAAUCAACAGAUUCGGCGACAACAACAAUUACAGCAGCAAGAAUAUGAACAAAACAUACAACACCAACAACAACAGCAUCAGCAACGUGUCCAGCAACAACAUCAGGAAUUCAAUAGUAAUCGUCAAGAAUCGUCUACAAGCCGUAACGUAGAGACUCAACAGACGAAGGAGCAGAAUAGACGUGUUGUAGAUAUGGAUAAGGCUUCACCUGAAUAUCAGCAACAUGUUCAGUAUCUUAUGGCACAACCUGGUGAGAUUAUCUCGAACACGGUUGAGUAUCCGAAACCGAAUGUUAAGAUGAUCACUACCGUUAAGCGUUUGCCUGAUGGUACUAUCGUCAAAAAUAAACGUUACGAAACGGAAGAGUUACGCCCUACAGCGGAUACCCAACGUCAACGUACGACUUCUACUACGAGCCAGAGCAGCACUCAACAUAGAAACGAACAGCAAAGACGUGAGCAGACCGAAGAGAAUGUAUACAAUCGUCAACAAAAUGUGCGCAAUAAUGUGUAUUCCAAUAAUAGUACUCCAAGACGACCUGAACAUGAUGUCGUCGAUAACGCCGAACCUUACUUGCGCAAACCAAACCCUCAAGAUUUAGCAGUUUCACAUCCGGCCGACCGUUUUGUGGAUGAAACCACUAACGUCGAAACUAAAUUUUCAUCGGUGAAGAAAUCAAGCCGUAAAUUUUCCACAGAAACGACAUCAGAAACUAUUGAGGAGUUUUCAGAUCAGCCACCCUCUUCACAGGCUCCUGGUAUCAGAGGUAAACCACCGAGUGGUCAUUCACCUAACAAGGAUUUCUCUACCCAUGGAUUUCCUUCAGUGAAGCCGAAUAAGCCCACUCAAGAAUAUCCUUCUGAACGUCCACAUACCGGCUCACAACCUGAUUUUAGUACUCAUGGGUUUCCUUCGGUGAAAUCAAAUAAACCAACACAAGAAUACCCAAGCGACCGUCCACGUCCUUCUGAGGUGGAGCGUAUAACACAACGAACUGUGACCCCCACAAACAAACCAAGCACAGAUGCACCACAUGGGUUUCCAGCAGUAAGGCCAAACACAAAUAUUACUACCACCAAAGAUGGUGAUGUGAUAAUUGUAAGUUCUGAAUCUACGCGCAGUUCAAAAUAUAAGACCAAUGCAGAGCGUACUAUCGAAACUGAAGUAGUAGUUGAUGGAGAUUCUAAUGUUCGCCCUGAAAGUUACCCUAAUCGUGGGUUUCCCGCAGUAAACGAACCAUCAACUGGUGAUAGGGACUCGCCAAGAUAUGGUGCCCCUAUUAAGGAGUAUCCGGGUAGUCCGAUAAAACAAUCGCCAGAUUACUCCACAAGCGGAUUUCCAUCUACCAGAGAUGUGGCUAGACCGAAUUCAGGACAACCUGUACCUCCAAGAACCGUUGACCAAGAUGGAAAUGUUACAGUAGUGAGCUCGGAAACAAAGAAAGUGAUUAAACAUAAUACAAACAGGGAGCAUAUUAUUGAAACAGAAAUUGCUGGUGAUUAUGACCAUCAUACACCGUCAGGCUUACGUCAACCAGACAAAAUCACAUUUCCUCCUACCCCUCAACCAGGUGAUUUCAGCACACAUGGAUUCCCAUCGGUAAGAGACUCUGCCCCCACCAAUGAUGCAUAUCGUCGACAAGGCACACCUACACGUGAUUAUCCAAGUAGUCCUCGAAAGGGACAACCAUCUGAAGAUUUUUCGACACACGGUUUUCCCUCUGUUAGGGAUUCGGCACCAGUUAGAGGAAGUACACCUUCUCGAGACUACCCGAGCAGCCCAGGUCAACAUCAGCCAAAAGAAGAUUUUUCUACACAUGGUUUUCCAUCUGUAAGAAGUCCCAACAAAUCUGCACCGGAUUUCUCAACACCGUCAGGUGGCUUCCCAUCAACUCGGGAUACUAACGCUCCCAAGCUUACGCCAACUCAACCACAAAGAAUACAACCGAAUACAACACCCACAAGGAAACCUACGAGUACGACAGACUCUUCUCAACGCCUGAUUUCGAAGGAGAGGGAUGUUGACGCCACCCAUCGUGCUUUUGCCGCUUCCCUACGAUGCUCAUCACCAGUGGAUAGUCCGGACCAUCAUCGGACCACACCGCGUUCGAGCGUCUCAUCGACCAGGACAUUCCGACGAGAUGGCCGAGAAGGUUCCCAUGACAGCGAAACAAGUCGCAUCAGUUCGGGCACAGUUACGCGUUCUUCGCCAAGUAAGAGUGUUGGUAAAACUGUCGUUACAAAGCAAACUGUUGUUAAAACUCGUAACGUGAAUGGUUCUAACGAAACAAUUGAUUUAACACCCCAGCAGCGCCCCACAAAGUCGCCGUCUCCCACAAAGACCAUCACAACGACCACCACACGCACCACAACAACUAGAAAGAGUCCAGGAGAAGUGCCAAAAUCAGAUAAUCAAAAAUCUAAGCCAGCCGAAAACACAUUUCCUAUUAUUAACGAACCACUAACCAUCACAAAAACCCACUUUACCGCAAAUGACGCCAGCUUCCUCGGCAACGAGGUGGUCGAGGAGCCAUGCUUAAAAAAACACUUUUACAAACUCGGUCCGUCCGACAAAGCAACAACAAACAAUGUUGACGAGAAGUCACCAUAUUCACCAGCACCAAGUAAUAACAUACAUCGCACUCAUCCCAAACCAAAAUCCCAAGUUCGGGAUGAUUUCGAAGAUGUUAACCACGAAGAGCCCAUCCAUAAACAACCACUAAGUUCAUACGUAAUCGAACCUAAACAACGUAAUCGUUCACCAUCAGGACCACUUCCAAGUAGUAGUCCGCAAACCAUUUGUCAACCAAACAGAAAAGAACCUAGUGUUGAGCGUAGGACUGUUGUGAGGGAAAGUGAAUUUGAAAAUACAGAUUGGCAAAAUACAAUUCUAGAUUCGAACGAACGACCCUAUCCUGUAAAGGAUGGAUCUUCAAAACCGCGAGAAAACCGUCCUACAGAUGAUGAUUACAUAAACGAAACACCAGUUGAUACGUCUGAUUUUCCGGUCAUUAGAGAAGAAACUAUUAAACGACCAGAUCAAAAUAGACAGAAGGAGAUUGUGACCAUUAAAAGUACGAAAAAUGAAAAAACUGAGUAUGAUGUAAGAAAGCCGAAUGGAAAAGAACCUUCUGGACCGGUCGGCAAGAAACCUACUUCGGGGAAACCAUUUGAUUCUACAGACAGGGGACCUAAAGAAAGCAAACCACUCGAACCUUCAAAAAGAAGACCAUCUGAUAAACAUCCCACUGAAUAUACGGAUAAGCCUAAAAGUCCAACUCGAAAAACUUCCGAUAUUACCUCUUCAAAUAAAUUCGAAACCUCCGUAAUAACAAAAACUACACGGAAGGAAAAUUCAAAUGUUAUUGACGAUGAUAUCGAACCACAUCAAAGUAUUCCAAAACAGCCAACUGAGAGAAAGCCUAGUGAUGCAGGAAAACUAAAACCGAACGGCGUUGAUCGCAGUCCGACUAGAAAACCAACGAACUCAAAAACUCUCUCAAAUAUAACUUUGAAAUCAGUGUCUAAAGAAAACGAUGAACCUGUGGAUAAGAGACCAACGGGUGAGUCCCCAAAAGAAGAACCUGCUUUUAAAAGACCAGCGAGUAAGAAACCUGAACCUAGCCCCACACGAAAACCGGAGAAAGAGACUCCAAAUACUUCCGAAGACAACGUAUUCAAAACCAGUACUAUUACCACUACGGUCACGAAAACUCGCAAAGACAACAUUUCUCCUACCAGAACCAGCAAACCCAAUGAUGAAAUUCCUGAGGAAGAUAGACCAACAAAAUUGUCGCAACCAAAUCCGACAUAUACCAACACUAUAAAGCAUGAACCUCGCGAUGAGUACCCCGCACCUAUUGAAAACAGACCAACAAAGAAAAUACCAACAAAGGAAAAUCUUAAGUCAACAGAAAUUAGAGUUACUAAAACGCAAGUGGUAGCAUCUACGGAUAAAUAUCAGCCUGGUCCAAAAGGAACAAAACCACUUACUAGAGAACCUUCCAACCCAGAAUAUGAUGAUGAUGUAAACGAGAGUGAACAUGAACCAAGUAAUCACAUCAGGACGGCACCAUCUGAGCCUGAAAGGGUUAAACCGCUUAAUACUCAAGAAGGAGAAGACUUCUCGGACACUGAGAGCACAAGCUCUUCAUUUAUCACGACAAUAAUCAAAAAGGUACGCACAGAUGAACCAAAAACAACUCAACAAACGAUUACCGAUGAGACGAGAAAAGUUCAAGAGCUUUUCAAUAAAACCGACAAGACGAAAGUAACUAAAAAUGUAAAUGAAGAAUUCAUUACUUUCGAACAGCAGGUGCGAGAAAGAAUCCCAGUUGAUGAUACUCCAACAACAAAAACAGAAUUACGAAAUAAGGAAGCGAAGAAACCGAUUUCUGAACCAAUAGAUAAGUAUUCGAAACCAAAUGAUACAGACGAUGAUGAGCAAUCCUUUACUGAUGCAAAUACUUUGAAAAUAAGUUCAGUUACAACAACUUUAAGAACCGUUUCUCAAGACAAGUCGCAUUCCCCCGAAUACCAACCUAGUGAUAGGGAGCUCAGACUGGUGCAGCCAUCUGUUGUGGGCUUGAGUGACGACGAUGAGGUCCCACAGCAAACAAUUGAAUCGACCACAAUUAUUAGUACAAACAAAAAUACACCCAAAGAUAAUUCACCGAAUUUCACAGAUGGUGGAAAACCUAAGUCAGAUGCUCCUUGUGCCAAGAAGCCUACUGAGGGGAAAACUCAGCCAAUUUUGCCAGACCGUAGCGCUAAGGAUCGUAUUCCGUCAUCAACACCAACUGAUGAAACUUUUGACACUAUUAUUUCGACUACCACUACUAAAAUUUCCAAGAACUUACCUGGCGAAAAAACAACAGCAAAGCCUCGAGAGCCUUUCGAUAAACCUGUGCAAACCCAUUUCGAUGAAACUAAAAAAGUUGAGAAAAUCUUUAAUACUAAUAAAUUGGCCGAUACAAAAAAUACUAUUGAAGAAUUUAUUACUAUUGAAAGGCAAAACAAGGAAACCCCAGAUGGAGCUUUUAUAUCGAAAGCACCUGAGCCUGAACCAAGUUCUCCAAGUUUUAAGAAAAAAGGUGUUAGCCCAAGAGAAACCUUUGAAGAUCGUUGCCGUCAAAUCUUAGGCAUGGAAAACUAUGGAGACACUCCUGGUGUUUAUAAAAAGAAACCUGAAGAUGUAUCCGAUCAAACUGAGUCAGUUACCGUUAAUGUCACAGAAUUCGAUGUUCAAAUAGAGGACUGUGAAGAUGAUGAACCCACUUAUCUAAAUAAUAUUAAAGAUUCUGUUAAGCCUCAGAAACCACAAAAACCCAAAACACGCAAUACUCUUGAUGAUGAGAUAGUAGAAGAAGUGGAAUGUGUUCGUAAAGAAACCGUUGUACCAUUUAAAAGAAGUUCUCCAGAUACGGAGCCUUUGACUGAAAUCUGUCGUAAAACAACUUUGAUUUCUGAAACCGAUUUAAAUGAAGAAGAAGAUGAACAAACGGUCUCCAAAAAGUCUUCUAAAAUAGUUAUUAAAACUUCCAGUCCAUCACCGAAGAAGGUAAAAUCCCAAAAUGAAGAGCCAGAAGAUUCAUCAACCACCGAUUCAGAGAUUCCAGAAAAAGAAACGGACGAAGAAUCUCAACCGGAUACUAUAGUAUCUAAAAGAGAUAUGCAAUAUACAGAAGAAGUAGAAAAUGUCUCGAAUGUGGUUGAGGUUACCAAAAAACGAGUAACGAAAGAAAAACCUUCUAGUCCUAAUAAAAGUCCGACCAGAAAGCCAUCGGAGCCUCAAGAUACUCGUAAAACAUCUCCCGUCAGACAACAUCCUUCUAGCUCUUCCACGAUUACAGAAUUGAAAACAAUCGAAACACAGACUAAGUCGCGUGAACCGAAUAAACCUUCAAAAAUCAGAAGUGAAACUAAGCCUCUUGACAAGUCAGCGGAGAAACCGGAUAAUCAAAGUAUUGUUGGAAGAGAUAAACCAACAUCUCCAGCGAAGUUGCGGUCAGAACGUAUUCAUAAAGUUGAUACCGAUAAAGGCCAUCAAAAGCCCACAAAAGAGUCUCCAACUCACACAAUCAAAGACCGCUUACGUUCUGCCACCCGAAAUAGGAAGCCUUCCGAAUCGCCGUCUGAUUCUUCGCCUGAUGUUAGUCCUUCACGGUUUACAGAGCGAAGACGUUCAAGUAAUAUUUCGGUACAUACUGAAAUCAUAAUUGAUCAUUCAGGACCAAAAUCUCCUAAACCUAUUGAAAAGAGCCCUGAGAAACAUACACCACAGACAAAGAAAACCAGUCCGGUAGAUAAAACUUCACCAAACGCAAGACCGGUUCGAAGACUUCCUGUAACCGAACGAAAAGAAUCUGCGCCGGUUCCGAGUGUAACUCGUAAAGAAAAGGAUGCAAAAAUGACUCGAUCAACAAGUGAGAAAGUUAUGAAAGUUACUGAUAAACCGGUAAAAGAAACUGUUGUGAAUACAUUGGCACCAAGCCCCACACCGAAAGGUGAUCGACGACCUAAUAAAUGCUUCACCACCAAGACCAUAAAUCUCACUACUACAGAUAAACUAAUAAAUAGCGAGGAAAUGGAGAAUGUUAUAAUAGAUAUUCAACAUGCGAAGAGUUCUCGUGAGCCAUCACCAGAUAAAAUUGUCCCUACACCAGUACCGGUGCAUUUAGAUACGGGUAAACCUCGUUAUCCCGAUGUUGUGCAAGAACCUGAAGAUGAACCACGCAAAAAGCCGGUUAUCACAAACAUACCUAUUUUCGAAGAAGAAUCUAACGAAUACAUCAAAUGCCAUAUAUCAGAGGUGAAGACAGAUAAAAUUUCGAAAUUGGUGGACUUAGAUGAGAAUGAUAUUCUAGAUAACCCGAUGAUAGAAGCUCCAAAAAGUCUUGACUAUCCGUCUAUCGAUAGACCUGACGAUGACUGCCUUUUGAGCGUUCAUGAGAAGGUUUCCAAGUUCACACAUACAGCUGAAGAGAUUAAGAAACCAAAAGCAUCUAGCCCGUUCAGUAGAGAAUUCGACAAAACACCCAAAGUACCAGAAAAUGAUGAAUGCUUAUUGACAGUUGAUGAAAAAGUUAACAAGUUCAUUAAGACAGCUGAAGAGGUAGCGAAACCCAUCACACCUAUACGGGAGGUUGAACGUCCCAGCUACACUGAUUUGGACGAAGAGUUACGAACAGAUGAUUGCACUUUGUCAGUGUCUCAAAAGGUGAAUAAAUUCUUGAGUACUGCAGAAAAAUUGGCUCCCACUGCACCGCAAAGGUCCCCUGAAUUGGUGGCUAAGAUUGAAAGGACCAUUUCCAAGCAGAGUGAGCCAGAGUAUCCCGAAGAUCUUAGUGAUGAUGAACUAACGCCUUUUUCACAGAAUCAUACUCUCGAGAUUGAGAAAAGACGUCAAAAAGACAUACUCUCUCGACCAACUGUAUUUGAAAAUACAACAAAAACUGAUCAGUAUAGUGAUUACUCAGAGGUAAAACUUAAUACAACCAAAAAUAAUACCACACUAGAAGAACACGAGGAAGUAAUUCCUCACACAAGAGAUCAUACAACAAAAAUUGAAUUAAAACGACAAAAAGACAUUUUGUCCAGACCUUCAAUCUAUAAUCAAAAUGUGAAAGGAAGGCCACAAUCGCCCAAUAAAAAGGAGCCCACUGGUCCAAGCAAGUAUCCAUUAACGAAUAUUAAAACAAAACAGAUGGAAUAUACAACACGGAAAAUAAACAGAGAGGAUAGUGAUAAAAUUGAAAUUAAAGCUGAGCGCAAACCAUCCACUCCAGUGUCCAAGCCUGAUAGCCGUAGAACAACAAAACCACAAGCUUCGUCUGUCGCUGUAACCAGAUCUCGUUUUGAAACACCUGAUAUUAAAAGGAAUACACCAAAAUCGUCUGUUGAACCGAAAACCAAUCGAGUGCCUUCACAAAUUAUUACUGGUCGUAAACCAACGAGUGAACCCAAGACGUCUGGUAGAAAACCAUCGUCGGAAUCGAUCACUAACGCUUCUUAUCCAAGCAGAGGUAAACCAACAACUGAGCCUGAUAGUCAUUUUGAUGGCAAGAAACCAUCUACUGAAUUCGAAAUCAACGUCCACGAUUACGAAGCCGUCGAGUCCGAAACGGAGUUUACAUCAACAUCACGCCGCAGAAGUUCAUCAAAAACAAAAGAUUACUUAGAGACGGUACAGACAGAAAUUGAACGGUUUUCUCCUACCCAAAAAGAAUCUCCAACUCGAAAAACUUUCCUGCAGGAAAAGAAAACACCCCAAACUUUCUCACACAGUCCUAUUCGAAAAGAUACAACUAGCACUACCAAUGUUACUCACGUAACCGAGCGCACAAAUAAGCACAAUUCAGAUUGUUCCGAUAUUGAAAUCGUUGAAACUGUUAUAGAGCGCCCCGCACACGUAAAGACGCCAACACCUACACCAACAACCGUUGGUCGUACUCGCAUAACACCAGAUACUGUUGCCGCUCGGCGCAACAUUUUCGAAACCAAUGCCACGCCGAAGGGUCAAAGUCCAGGAGAAAGCAACUCGCCCUCACCUGUUGGUAGACGUCCAUCAUAUAUGGAUCACACAGUUAGCUCUUUAGAGCACAUUCGUCGUGAUUCACUAGAAGUGAAUAAGCAUAACUAUUCACGCAAGUCAUCGGUGGAUUCGGAAAUCAAUUAUGAGCGUCGACCAAAUGCUGCAGUGAAAUUUGAUGUGCCACAUAAGCCGCAGCGUACUGCUAGUAUUCCCGAAGAUAUUGAUGUUGAGAAUAUUUUCGAAUUAGAAGUAUUGGAGCGUCUUUUGGAGACGGUAACCUCAUAUGAACUGAGACGCAGGAUUCGCGCCCAAAUACGUUUGGUUAAGAAAAAUACACUCAACACUAAUGUGGUUGACAAAAGGAAAACAGAAACUAAAGCAUCUAAUUCCAUAAGAUCAACUCACAAAACAUCUACUUACAAAUCAAAUGUGCAUCAAGAAGAAACUGACACCAUUAAUGAAGGCGUAAAAACGAAAGUACCAUAUGACAAUAAAGGUAGUCCAAAACGUCCGGUUCAAACACCAAAGGUGGGUAGGACAACUCAAAAUGCGCCGCAAAAGUCCCCAUAUGGCACUGAAGAAAGCCCAAGGUCGUACAAUAAACUGCACCGCGAACAGAACGUUACUACAAAAAGCACAUAUGUUACUAAAACUCCCAAUGGUCGCACUGAAAGCCCUGAACGUCCCAGAAAAUUACCCUUUGAACGUGAUCACAGUCCCGAAACAAAUACUUCGCACGAACAAGUAAAAGAAAUACGUCGUAUAUCUGGUUCUUCGAAGUCCUCACAUAAAGAAUAUGUACAUAGCGAGCAGACCGACUACUCGGAAGAGAAUGUCAGGAGCUCCCGCCGCCAUUUUGAGCAGAGUUCUGAACGUUUUGAAAAAGAUCACAGUCGUGAACGCAAUUCUAGUCCGGAAUCUAAGAGUCCUGUUAGGGACGGCAGACAUAGCCCAGAUAUUAAAAUAAAAACUUUGUCUAGCACACGCACCAGAAGUCCUGAUGACAGAAAGCCAUCAUCGCAACGCACAACCAGUCCAAAAGGAAGAACGCCGAAACAACGUGAUGAAUUAUACAACAUAUCCAAGGUAACGACAGUUAAAACCACACGCUCACCCGAACGUAAAUCUAGUAAGCCGAACGUUGACGAAAACGCCCCCAUUUGGGCGGAUCGUAAAAAUCUGCUCAAGAGUCCAAGUAACGCACCACGUAAAGUGACAACUACACCGUCAACACGAAACACGGCAACGAAGGUCACAACAUCGAAGACAAUCAGUCAACGCCAAACUCAGAAUAGAAACUUUGAAGAAGAUUCAAUCACCUCGAGUUAUGGCAUUGGACCGACAGACGAAAAUGGUUUGCCUUUAUUCGGCAUUAAGGCGUUGAAAAAGAAGAAGCCGAGCCAGCCCUGUGAAGCAACUGAAGAAGUCACAGGCUAUGUCAUCGAGGAGAAGUAUUAUUCAGAUAGUAAAACAAAGCCGAAAGUUGAGCGUAAGGAGUACAUUUAUUCAACAAAUGCCGAUGAACUCGAAGAAAUUACGAAAACUCUUGAGCAAAGCCGUAAAUCCUCAGAGGAUAAUGUGGAUGUCAUCAGAAAAGUUGAGAAACUCGAUAAGGAUUACGUUUUUGACAAACCGGAAGCUAUAAUGCCAGACACAGAGGACUUCACUACAACGUCCAGCAAAUAUGUUCGCCGUGGAUCAGUGAAGGAGCUGAGUGAGAAAUUCAUACGAAAAGAGUCUUCACAAUCAGUGACAGAAAAAUCUGGUGGCUACCCAAAGGCCGGUUUGAUUUUACGUACCAGCCGUGGAUCAUCAUCAGAACCAAGUGGAGAUGGUUACGAAAUAACUACUGAAAAAUAUACAACAACAUCGAGCAGUCAUGGUUACCGCGGCGAUUCCGAUGAUGAACAAAACGUGCAGCUGCGUCAGAAACAAACACGGCGUAUUCUCACUGACUACGACGAUAACGACGCAGACCAAUGUCACUUGAGUACUCGUUCGUCGACUAAGUCCACACGCUCGUUCCUUAACAGCAGCGGCGAAACUAAAGUGGUGACCAGCGUGGAUGAUGCGCUGGAGCGUAUGCGUAAUGCAGAUUAUGUUGUAGAAGAAGGCGAUACGGCUGAGGAUCGCGAGGCGCGUUCAUUGUUGAAUAAAUUUCUAGGUGCCAGCGUUAUAAUGAAAGGCGUCGAAAGUGUUUUGCCAACAACCAAACAAACAACAACUACUACCAUCACCAAAACUUCAUACGGUGAUGGGGAUGAUGGCGACAGAGAUCUACUGAAGAAUAAAGCGGUGAAAACCACUCGCAUAACGAAAACGACCAAGUCUGGAAGCUCUUCAACACCAGUUACCCGUACAACUUGUGAUAUCGAGGAGAUCUGGGACGAAGAAAUCUUAAAAGAAUUGCUUGAACAGGCCACAACAUACGAAGAACGCCGGAAGAUACGCGCGCGUCUACGAGAUUUAAUGGCGGAACGUGAAGAGAAAAAAGAUUUAAAAUCGGGUGAUAUAUCCGAAAACGUUCCAGAAGUCGAUGAAAGCAGUGCUAGUGAGUACGAGGAGAUCAUUGAAGAGGUUACUGUAACCGAUUACAGUGAUGCUGAAGCCGAUCUAGGCGAAGAAGAAGUAUUCAAAUCAAGUCAAAACAUAGCUAGUGAAGCUAAAGAGAUCACAGAUAAUAUAGAAAAGAAGGAAGAAGAAGAAGCAGAAAAUAUUGAUAAAGAAAAAGUUACUAGUGUUACUGAAAAUGUAAAAGAAGAGAAGGUAGAGCAAGUCGCUAAAGAAAUUGAAGAAGUAAACUUAGAAGUAAAAGAAAGUGUUGCCACAAAAGAAACAAACGAAGAAGCUAACGUUGAAAGCGAUAGUAAGAAUUCAAACUCGAACGAAGAGACUGUAGCUGAAUCGAGUGUCGACAAAACCGACUCGAAAUCCGUCGAUGACGAUAAGGGUGAGUCCCUAGUGCCGCUAUUGCAAGAUAUUUUGCAAAAGAGUUUGCCAAACGCAAUUGCCAACGCACGGAACUUUCAAGAAAGAGCACCGAAUACGGAGCUGAAUCUACCUGCAAUCACUAGCACACGUACAAAUAAGGGCUGUAGUAGUAGUAGUAUUAAGAUUAGUGAACAUAGUGAUUUGUGUACUGUUAAUAAUUGCAACAACAAUAACAACACCACCAACAAUAACGAAGACAGUAAAAACUACACUGACCACACAAACCUAAACCACACACACAGUGACCCAAAUAUACAACCAACAAGUGCAGAUUGCACGAACUCUGACAAAACCUUAGAUUCAAACUCGUCUGAAACAACAAUGACACGUGAUAUUGUAAUGCCAAAGAGCACCGGCAAUAGUGUUAGCUCUUCCCAACAGAAGCAGCUGGAUAGGUUAAGUGUUCCUCAAAAGGAGGACUCAGGUACGGAAAGUGGUGAGGACUUGCGCCUCAUUGCGGCAGGUUUGCGUGAUAGUUUGCAAUUGCAAAGUGAUUCCAAUUUAAUUGAGGAGGUUACAACAGCGCUUACUCGUCUCGAGUUGUCACUGAAAGAGGGCAAAAACAUACCGGUUGAUGGUAGUAAACGUGAAGCGUUGUUGGCAUUGGUCGCACGUCUCCAGAACGGUCUCACUUCACGUGAUGCAGCAGUAAAUUUGUCAAAUAUGGCCGAUAAUGGUGGACAGUUUGAUGAAACUUCUUCACCGGAGGGCGACGGACAACGCGCGAAUCGGCAACGCUUUGCUCGACGACGAAAUCGCAACAGCCGCCAUACGGUAGGUGUUAGUCGUGAAGAAUUAGCUGAUGCCCGUCGCUACAUGGAAGAUAUGCAGUUGAUAGACAAUAUAUCAAACUGCACAACGCCAGAGAGUGGCAUGACAGCAAAUCCACUAACGCCACCACAAUGGUUUCCCAUCGAGAAGAAUCCUUCGUCGGGUGCCAUACUCACGAGCAGCUCAUCUUCUACACUCUACCGCCCGAAUCAAUUUGUGCCGAAUCAACUUAAGAACUCUAUAGUAUGUUUGAAUGGUGAUGCGCAUCCAACCCUUAGAGAAAAUGAUGGCCAAAAGAGCAAACGGCCCUUGUCAGGCAACUUUUCGGUAAGCUUUCAGCCGAAUCCAAUCACUAAUGAUCCUGAACCCUUUGUUAAUGACAACCAAGAAGAGCAGAAGGAGUUUCACGCAAAUGGUAAUAUUUCGCCUGAUUCUGCCUAUAAGUCUAACCGUUUCUCAAGCAAGAAACAACUUAUGAAGCGCGCAAACACCAUUGAUAUACCAAAGACUAAGAAAUAUAACCCAGAUUUUGAUACAGAUUCGGAACAGGAAGACAAAACUCCUCAACUGGGAUUGAAGCGCACUCUGCAAGUUAAUGUCAAGCACAAAGUGCGCAACGCUGUGCCGCCUUUCGUGCCAAAGACCGAAAAUGAUCACAAAUUUCUAGCCUUCAUCAAUAAGCAAAGCGCUAAGCCUGGACUUGGUUGGACCGGUUCGCGUUCUGUGUCUAACUGGACCAAUAAAUUCGGUAAUUUAAAGCACACGUUUGAGGUGGGUGCUGCAGCACAGGUCACCACGGGCAAACCACCGCAAGCACCAGGACAUGUGCCACACAGCGCAAGUAAGAGUUACUGGCAGAAACAAGUGGCGAACCAAGAACACAACCAGCAUCAACAACAACAACAACAGUACCUACAAUAUCAACAACAACAGAGGCAGCAACAGCAACAACUGGCACAUCAGCACCAGCUACAGCGUAGUCAACAUGAGGAGAAUGAACGUCUACGUCGUAUGGAGAGAGAACGUCUAGAGCGUGAACGCAUUGAACGUGAUCGGCAGGAGCGUCAACGUUUAGAGCGCGAAAGGCAGGAACGCGAUCGACUGGAACGUGAGUUCUACGAGAGAGAAAUUAUGGAACGAGAGCGAUUGGCUGCGGCACAACAUGCUGCCAUGCCGAGCAUGACGGUGCCCAAACCAGCACCGGUGAAUAAAUUCCAGCAUGCGCCUCAAUCCGUUUUUCGACCCAUCGAGAACAACGAUGUACAUGGUCAUAACAUUUUCAAACCCAUACCACAACUGCCACAAAAGUCAAAUACUUGGCAACCACCGUCCAUCACCAAGAAACCCCACUCAGCACCCGUGCAGUUGACACCUGCCUCACCGCAAUUCCUGACCACAAAACCGUCAGUGAAUGGCGCUCAUGUAACAUCACCCUCAUCUACAACUUCAUCGCCCAUUGGUCUGCCUUGGGUUGCGAAGCCCGCAGUAGACAAUAGUGAUUUCAGAAAGAAAGCGCAUACUUUCGAGGAGCGUUCACAAAAUGAUAAUCACCAACAUUCAUAUUUGCAGAGGCAUCAUUCAUUGCGUUCGCCAAAGGUAAGCCAACCACAAAUGGAUGAAUACAAGAAACGUCCUUCGCUGCCAAGCGCAGCUGAUCCAUAUAUGGCUGCACAGAGUCAUUAUGUGCCACAACAGCAACAACCAUCACAAGUUUACGCAUCAACAACUAACAUAUACGCAGCUCCACCACCGCCAACAAAUAUAUCCUUUACAUAUGCCGACUUAGCCCGCACUAAUAACUACAAAAGUUAUCCAUGCCUGCCAUCGGCUGUUGAGACUUCAAUAACUGCGGACUAUGUGCGACAGCGCGAAAGCUCAUUGACCGAUCCUCAUGCAACACCACUGGUUUUAACCAGUUCCAAUCCAACCUAUGAGCCGCCUGUAGAAAACCAAGCAUUCUACAAUGAUGCACCACCGCCAAGACAAUUCGAUUAUGCGAGCCCAAUAGAUAGUGCACCAACAAGUCCCAGUAUUUUAGCCAUGCCACAAACUGAUUAUACUGAUGACGAUUUGGAUUCAGACAAUUUAAUGGAAUAUCGUGCCGAAACUCGGGUAAUGGGUAAGCCACAAAGUCAAACUGCCGUUACAAUACGGGAUCGUCGAACGGCGCAUGCCAGUGACGAUGAAGUCUUCGGCAAAAACUCACGUAACGCUCAAAACUUAUUGCAUACAAUGCGAAAUAUUGGCAAAAGUGGAAGUAAUAUAACGAAAGUGAAGAAAGAUCCCGUAAGAAAAGUGGAGUCACCAAAGGUUUGCUUAUCUCCAGAUGGUCGUUCAUAUCAAGCGCCAGUUGUCGAACCUUUAUUUCCUCAAGUUACCAAUUUUGAGCCUAAUCGUAUACCAGAAUAUAUUCAGAAUCCAAUAAAGGCUCCAGCGCAAAGCAAACAAAAGAAACCGAGACCAAAAACACCACCAAAGCCAAGCCAACAAAAGGAUCGAAGCUUGCAAUUGGCACGUGCCGAGCAGAAAUACCGCUUAGAGCAGCAAUCGUAUAUGGAUAGAACAAAAUAUUCAAAUGAAAAUGAGGCUCCGGCACAACAGCAACAAGUACAGUAUCAGACGCUUAAUGUUUCUAACACUUCCUCCACCAACUCAGUGCCAUACACAAGUGAAACACAAACUGCUUAUACAGUAACUUACCCCACCGAAGCCAUCCACGAAAAUCAAUAUGCUAAGCAACAACCGAAUACUUUACCUAUGCAGCGAAAUCGCAAUUUCUCCGAGAAUUCAUCAGCCAGUUCGUCAAUGUCACAUAACUUACCUUCACCUGGUACAAGUUGGACGCCGAAUCCUAUUCACACGGUUGAUGAAAUUUCGCCACAACCUAAGCAAUCGAGGAAAACUGUGGAUGUCAAUAGCUUACAGCAAAACACUUAUAAUCCACAGGCAUAUGUGGCACCCCAGACACAACCCAUGCCACAAAGCAACUUACAGGAUUCGGCACAGCCAAAACCCCAAGUGGCCCCAAAGCCUGCGGUAAAAGGUGUACAAAAUGCACCACUGUCAGAAUCACACCCAAAUUACCAGCCUCAAUAUGUUAAUACACCCAGCCAGAAACCUCCACCCCAGCCUCCAUUACAAACAAAAUUGCCAGCACAAGAAAGACCACAGCAGCCACCGCUACAAACCACACAACCCAGAGCUAAACCCACUCCUAAAUUGACCACACGUAGUCAGACAUUGUCGUCAUCAUCACAAAGCCAUACCUCGGAACAACACUACGCGUAUCAGCCAAUACAGGCGGCCCCGGCGAAAACGCGUGGGUUCGAUGCAGCAAUGACGCCUCUGCAAGCGCAGAAUCGCGUGCUCUCACAACAGUCGCUAGUCUCUAGUAAGCAGCACCAGUUCGACCAUAAACAGGAACAGCAGCUGCAGUUGAAUGAACUGCGUCGCAAAAGUCUUGGCAAUGUCUACGACGUACAGCAGCAGCAACGCAAAGCCGCCUACAUGUCGGAGACAAAGACAAUAGUUAAACAGGAGUAUAAGUCAUCGGCGCCAGCAGACACGCCAGACAUUGUAAAAUCAUCACUGCCCAAGGAGGAUAUGCCCAUACUGAAAAAAUUCGGUCCACCACAACGCCACCAUUACAUGCCCAAUUCAUAUCAGAGUCCCACAACUAAUACGCAAACCCAAAAGUUCGAAAGCAGCACUAAGGUGAUAAAGAAUACGCAACAUCAGAUUGUUCAGCACUCAACGCUGACAAAGAAACCCUCUAUUGUGGAAAUCCCGGCAACGCCGCAGCCGGAUGAAGAUCUCAUACCGCGCAAUAUUGUUUUUAACAAUAUCAGCGCAUUCACGUCCAUGUCGCGUCGCCAGGACGAACAUGAGCACGCGCAUUUUGACGCACAUCCGCGGACGAAUCGUUUGAGCAAGAGUGAUUCGUGGAAUCAGAUUGUACAAAUGCAAAAUCAAGCGAACACCCAGCAGCCGGCGACGUCGCCGAAGUUCGGCAACAGUGUUGGCGGUAGUGAAUUGCGACGCACCAAAUCCGGGCACACUUUGAAUGUGCGCAUGUAUGAGGCGGGCAUAGAUAAGACGGAGGUCGGUGAGAAACAGCGCACCGUGGCGGCUUACUUCACAGGCAAAAAAUCGCCCAAUCAACUUGGUGGUGGCGAAGCAGUGGAAAUGCGUUCAGCAAUAACAACUGCAACAACGUCCACCGCAGCGACGGGAGCAAAGAAGUCGACUAUUAAUCGUCACAAGACUAGUGAAAAGAUUUCGGCGAGUCGCAAAUCGUUGACUGCAGUGACCAGUAACGGUAUGCCAGCGACUGCAACAGCUGUAUUGGGUGGUGGGUUGACACGUAGCGCAACAAUGCCGCAUAUAGCUAGUUUGAAUCUGCUCGACGAGAGCAACGUUGAAGACGCAUUCGAGCAGCUGAUGAUGGGCUCUACACUAAUAUAUUUGAGUGCACGAAAUGGCCAAGUGACCGAUGGAACCCCAUUAAGGCCCACUUGGGUCAUUAGCGCUUGCGUUAAUGCAAUGAUGUCGAAAUUGACGGAAUGCCUGCCAGAAAAAUUGCGCCCAGCAGAAUGUGUUAGAUCAACAGCUUCAUUUAAUGCAACAGGCCACGCCGUUUAUCUUGAAGACGAUAUGUUUGAGCAACAAGCUACAUCCACCACUGAGAAAACAGAAACAAAGGAAAAGGAUGGCGCCGUUGUAACCACAACAACAAAAGUUACAACACGCACAGUAACUGGCGCUGGCAGCACUGCAGCGAAGCCAGUUUCACCGUUUGCGAAAUUCCGUCAGCUGGACAAACAAAACUCACAACAAUCCCCAAAAUCACCGUCAACACCCACCACCCCCGGGGGCACAGCCUCACCUUCUGGUUCCGCACGUAUAUUCCAAUUUACUGAUCCGGCAUUAAAUGCACGCGCCGCCACUGUGAAGGAGCAACUUCUGCAGUGGUGCCAAUCGAAAACACAGGAAUAUGAGAACGUCCAAAUAAGCAACUUUAGUGCCAGCUGGUCAGAUGGUUUAGCAUUUUGUGCGCUAAUACAUCAUUUCUUGCCAGAUGCCUUCGAUUAUAGUAAAUUAACACCUCAAAACCGAAGACACAAUUUUGAAUUAGCUUUCACUGUGGCCGAUGAGAAAGCUGGCAUAGCGCCACUACUCGAUGUCGAGGAUAUGGUAGAGAUGAAACGACCUGACUGGAAGUGUGUUUUCAUCUACGUGCAAAGCAUCUACCGUCGCUUCCGUAAUUGCCAGUAAAUGUGCCGCAAGCGAUUUAAAAAUCAAACGAAACAACACCUUCGACAUCCAGAACUCUAAAUCCGGUCACUACCACAAAUAUUUAAUCCACUCAUACUAAUCCGCCAUUGCCAUGUCAACGCACAACAAAAGUGUUGACUGUACUAAAAUCAGCCGAAAUAAAUGGUUAGGGCUCUACGAGCGUUUACAAGGUUAAAAUAAAAUAUUUUCACUAAAUUGUGUUGUUUUAAAAGAAAACUGAUUGCUGUAAAAAUUGAAAUAUUUUAUUUAUUGGUUAUAUAAAUGUUAACAGUAAAAAAUGCAAGCCAUAAACCAUUUUACUACUUUUUUGAUCUGGUUCGUGCGUAGCUGAAGCCACAGUGCUUUUGUACUCUUGAGCUACGCACAAAAAUAAUGCAGCUAGUUAGACAUUAGCGACUUUGUCUAAGAACUUACUAUGUAUGUCUACAUUUCUAUUUAACAAUCAAUUGUUGUUGGCACAGAAAAGCGCGAAAUUGUAAAAAACAAGUCUUCUUAAUUGCGAAAUGUUAAAGGAGCAAACUAUGUUAUUGAUACUAAAUAUAUUAUAUUUACUUUAAUAUGUAUGUGCACACACAUACUAAGAACCUUAUGAAUAAUACAUUUGACUAAAUACAUACCCAGCCAACCACGGCUACCCGCUUGUGACAAAUAUUUCAAUACAACUACACAUUUUUUCUCUAUGCACUAACACCAACACACAUUUUCGGGUUAUUUUUUGUUGUAUGAUCACAUGUAUACGUACGUGAGUGGGUAAAAUAUUCGCUCGGCCUAAGACACACUCUAUAUGUUUAUCCCCUCGUUUACCACCAUGUUACCCACUGAUUAUCUGGUUUUCUACCCGCUGAUGGUUUGCAGGGUACGUACGUUUCGAUAUACUCCAAGCGGAACCAUGCCUACUACAUACAAUAUAUGCUAACAUUAUGUUUACUUCAAUAAAUAUACACACACCCAAACACAUACAUACAUGCAAAUGAUUUUUUAUUUAAAUUUGUCUAUUAAAACGUGGCUGCAUUGCAUACACACAUACAUACAUAUCUAUGACAUAAUAUACAUAUUUAACACAAAUACACUCACUAACUUAAUAAGCGUAAUAGAAUUUAUAUGCAUGCCUAUGUAUGUAUGUAUUGAUAUUACACAUGAACUCAUUUUUAUUCGAUUCAACAAAAUUUCUCAGCAGAAUUUGAUGUGUGUUAAAAAUUGUGCGAUAUUAAAUUAAAGCAAAACAAACAAAGAUUAUUUAUGGGAGUCUAACUUUACGAUUUUUAUAUUAUUUGUUUCAAACAACAUAUAUAUUUGUUUUUGUAUAUACUAAUUGUUGCUAUGAAAAUAAAAGAAUUAACAUUUUCGAGCUACAAAAAA